GCUAAAUUGAGAUGUUAUGGCAAAUGGGAUAGAUCUGUCAGACUACACGAGAAUGACACUUACUGACAUAAUGUGGCCUGAAUGAGUGAGGGGCAUGAAAAAGGCACUGUCAGCACCUGAGGCCAGCUGUAGUUGCAGCAGACACUCAGUCUCCUGAGCUGCCCCUGCAUUUCCAUGUUUAACCUAUCAGGAUGCCUGAGAGCCAGGGGAAGGACGGUGAGAGCUACAGCAGCAGCAGCUCCAACACUGGGGACUCAGUGGCUUCCUUCGGACAGUAUCAAUACACAGCCAGCGAGUAUCAGACUAUUCAGCAUGCUCUGCGUCAGAGGCUGGGCCCAGACUACAUCAGCAGCCGGCAGGCAGGAGGAGGGCAAAAGGUGUGUUACAUUGAGGGUCACAAGGUCAUCAGUCUGGCCAAUGAAAUGUUUGGCUUCAAUGGCUGGGCUCACUCAGUCACUCAGCAGAAUGUUGACUUUGUUGACCUCAACAAUGGCAGGUUCUACGUGGGUGUCUGUGCUUUUGUGAAAGUUCAGCUCAAGGAUGGGUCAUACCAUGAAGAUGUGGGAUAUGGAGUCAGUGAAGGCCUGAAGUCUAAAGCCCUAUCCUUAGAAAAGGCAAGAAAGGAGGCAGUAACAGAUGGACUGAAGAGAGCACUCAAGUGCUUUGGCAACGCUCUUGGGAACUGCAUCCUGGACAAGGACUACCUGCGGGCCGUGAACAAGCUUCCCCGGCAGGUACCCCCUGAGUUAGACUUGGUCAAAGCUAAAAUUCAGGACUAUGAGCCUGAAAUAGAGAAAGCAAGAUACAGCAGCUAUGUGGAAAGGCAGAAUGCAGCAGGGAGACAGCACUGUGAGGUGACACCUGGCUGUAAGCCUGGCCAGACAGAGGCUGCUGUUGUGACAGCAGAUCAGAAACAGCCCAACGCUCCCAGAAGCACUGACUCCUUGGCCAUGGAGUGUGAUGCCACUUACCAGAGGAAACUGCGCCAGAAGCGGCUGCAGCAGCAGUUCCGGGAGCAGAUGGAGAAAAAGCAGCAGGUCCCAGGAGUUACUCCCAGCAGCAAACAGGCAAAAUCCAACGUUCCUGUGAAGCAAGGCACUCUGGCAGAAGUGCAACAGGAGCUGGCGAUAGAAGAGGAGUUCUUUGCAGAUGAUCCUGAACUUUGGGACAUUUCCUUGGAGAGCACUGACCUAAAGGUAACAGGUGCCAAAAUAUCAGAGCCCUCACCAGCUGCUCACCAGGCACCUGAGACACCCCGUGGCCAUCAGCAGACGAGCACUUGCUGCAGGACACCCCACAGGGGGAACCAGCACAGAGCUGCUGCCAGGCUGGCACAGCUGCAGCCCCCUGCUGCAGCCCCCAGCACCAGCUGUGCCCACCAGCACACCCCAGGGUGCAGCCCCCUCAGGAGAAGUCAGAGCUUGAAGAAAAGGAGGCUGGAACCUACGUGAGGCACCCGAAUGGAUCUGUGCCUCUGUCAUGGAUUACAUCACAAGGCUGCAGCUGGCUUUCCAAAUUGUGUCACAUGGACUGUGCUACAUUAUAAUGAAGCAACAGAGAAGAACUUCAUGUACUCUUAGGUUAUUAUGUAUUUCAGAUGCCUUUUUCUAUAACCAUGCCAUUAUUUGUGCUUCUGCAGCACAAGACUUGUGGCCAUAUUACAAGUGGAUAUUACCUGUAAAUUGCCUUAAGCAGUAACAGAAUGGAUUGUUAAAAAUGAGAUGCAGUUCACAGCUUGUCUCUCCCAGCACAGAGACGAGAGGUUUUCAGUAGAACGGGGAGCAGGAGGGUUGUGGCCAGGGGACAGAAGUUACAAGCUACAGCUGCACACCCAGCCAGGCCUGCUCCACUCCUCUGGAACACGAAUGGGAGCUGAACUGCUGUUUUUAAAUAAUACAGAAAUUACCCCUUUCAAUACAGAAAUAAACAUUAAUUUAAAAAACAAACC